AUGUCUCUCCCAACUACUCGUUCCGCACUCGUCGGUACUGCCAAUGGCAAUACAAUCCUUGCUCACGAAGUCCCCAUCCCAACUUUAACCGGCGAUGAAGUCCUCAUCCGCACCGAGGCAAUUGCCCUGAACCCCGUCGACGCGAAAAUGGCUGGUCCAUACAUCACCGAGGGCUCAAUCGCAGGUGUGGACGUAGCGGGAGAGAUUCUCGCCAUUGGACCCGAUGUUGAUUCCAAUGAUUUCAACGUCGGUCACCGAGUUAUCGCCGGUGUCUUCGGUAUGAACCCCAGGCGAUCCGCAUCUGGCGCCUUCGCUACCUACGUCGUUGCUUCCGUCGCGCUGGUCGUGCACAUUCCCGAUUCCAUGAGCUACGAUGUCGCCGCUUCAAUCCCUACCCCCUUCAUGAGUACGGGUCUGGCUCUAUUCUACAGUCUCAAGUUCCCGUACCCGGAAACACCUUACAAGAGUGACAACCCUAUCAUUGUUCUGGUCUCGGGUGGAAUGACCUCAUGUGGUACCGCGGCUACGCAGUUGAUUCGAUGGGCGGGAAUGAUCCCCAUUGUCACUUGCUCGCCGAACCAUUUCGAGCAGGUUAAGGCGUACGGUGCGGAAGAGGCAUUCGAUUAUAAUGAUCCGGAGUGCGCGGCUAAGAUUAAGAAAUUUACCAAGAAUAAUCUGAAGUUUGCGUUGGAUUGUGCGACUACCACGGAUAGUAUGAAACUCUGCUAUGCUUCCAUUGGACGUGCUGGUGGUCGCUAUACCGCGCUGGAUCCGUUCUCGGCGACGGUCGCGGCGAGCAGGAAGGUUGUCAAGGCGGAUUGGGUGAUGGCGAUCAGUUUGUUCGGAGAGGAGGUCGGCUGGCCCGAGCCUCAUUACCGAGCGCUGGAUCUGGAUGUUAAGAACUUUGGAACGGAAUGGCGUAUUAAGUUGCAGGAUCUGCUGCGGGAUGGAUCUAUGAAUCCUCAUCCUAUUGAUACACAGUUCCGUGGUCUGGAGGGAGGUCUUGAGGGCAUGGAUCAGUUGCGGAAGGGACUUGUUCGCGGAAAGAAGCUUGUCUGUCCUAUUGAGCAUUAG